GUGCCAUGGGCGGCCGCCAGAGCCGGGCGGAUGCCGACAGCGCCGACAGCGCGGUGCUGUCGGCGCUGCCCUGGAGCCUGCGAGCCUCGCGGUACCAGCGGCGAGUAAAGCAGCUGGCGGAUGAAGUGUGCACUUCGCCGCGGGAUGAAUCUCUUGAAGUCACCCUGAAGCGUUGCAUCGCCUUCUGCUACGACGUCACGGUGGACUGGGCGCCCUUCGUUCGGGUCACGGUCUUUGCGGACAACGUGAACGAACACCAACUCAACGUGCCAGUCUACCACUCAAUGCUGAUGUGCUUCGGUGAGCCCCACGAUUUGCGAGAGCAAGUGAAGUGCAAAGCAGUUCCCGGGACGGAUGUGCAAGAUGGCCUGGUAAAGCCCAGCGUCUUUUGGACGCGCAAGAUUCCCGGGCGAUCCCUACCGUUCCGCGCCUUGGCACAUGCCCUGCUGGGAUUCUUCGUGGAUUUAGAGGAUGCAGACCCCAGGAAGCAGUUGCUGGUGAACAUUUUGCUCCAGAUGCAUGAAGCGUGCUACAACUGCGUAGGUCGUCACAAGGAAGUCUUUGAAUACUGCGUCUACGAUCUGCUGGAUGCUGAACGGCGCCCAGAUGGCCGGCCAGUACCAAGCGAUCGGCAGCAGGCCAUGGCAUUGGUGCGUCAGCAUGCGGAGAUCUUCCUGGACAAGCACAAGCGCAAUGCGCUGCAUGCAGCGUACCUGUCGCCUUUGAAGUAUUUGUUCCAGGACAUCUACGAGAUCUUUGAAAACUUGGACAGUCAUGGCGCUUCCUUUUGGGUCGCGAUGUUAAAGACGUUCUUUCCAGACCUGGAUAUGCCUUUCGAAGAUAUCGAACAGCUGGACAUUGGAUGGGCUUGGGGUGCGAUCGACUUCCUUCCCAUGACGUCCCAUGGCUCGGCUAAGUUGGCCCUGCAACGCUUCAGCGACCCCGCAAAUCUAUCCCUCGACUGGCGCACGGUGACCCGCGACCUUCCCCGCAACUCACCGCGCUUCGAAGGCUUCGGGGCUCUAGGGGCCCCGUACCUGGGGAGGUUUCGAGGGCUGCCCUUCCGACCCGGGCCGGCGGGAUUUCAGGAAGCUCUUCGCCGCAUCCGGCAGCAGCCUGCCAUGCAGAAAGCGUUUCUGCCCUACGUCGAGAGGUUUACGUCCUUCUUCCAGCCGAGUAUCUUGCUCCAGCGCUGGACUUUUUUUGCACUCAGCAGUGAUCGCUGGGUUGGAGAGCUGGGCCCCGCGCUGCAGCGGCUCCGUGCCGACCCUGCGCCUUCCGCUGUCGCACCGGAGGCCGUCGAGGCCUUGCGGGAGGAGCUGUGCAGCGUGGACGGAGAGGUCAAUGUGGACGUUGCCUUGUCUUUAUUGGGACUCGCUGAGGUUCCUUGGGUCCCUGAGUCUGUCGCUUCGCUCGCCCUUGGUGAAGCGAAGCGGACGCGGUGAGUGCGGUAUACGGCUGGGGGGUUGGCGUUGCCAUGGUAAUAUUGGUGGGCCCUUUUUUUGCAGUGUUUCUGAAUGACAA